AUGACGACCCACAAUGAAAAGCCCUCGGCCAUCAAAAAGCUUCCCCUGGAGCUAAGAGAUCUGAUAUGUGAGCACAUGGCUUCAACGCUGCACUCAGCUCUGCACCAUAGCAGCCUUCCAGAAGAUGAUCCUUGGACUUUCUCUUGGACCACACCACACCGACCCCCCGACUGCCAAAUCAUCCAAAAGCGUCUUCGAGCUUUGUCACUUGUUUCCAAGGCCUGGUCCCGUUCAGCACAGCGAGCAUUAUUUGCGGUAAUUCCGAUAAGCAGUGCUCGGUGCCUCAUGAAGUUGCUCAGGAGUCUGUUAUUAUACCCGAAGAACAGACGUUUCAUUCGAUGCCUGAUACCAAUAUUCUCAUUCCAAUGCGAUAAAUUGUAUGUGGGGCGGUACCGAGUCCCAUUCAACCUUGGGAUGCUCACUUUGGCACAAUUUGUGGAUAACUUGGGUCAUAUUCUGUUCACGCCCACUGUGGACGAGCUUCCGCACGCCAUGCUGCUUCGUACCAGUCUCAUCAAGCAUGCACUUCACCCACUACUACCGGACCCCAGUAACCACGCAGACGCAGACUAUAGCGUCUAUCGCUUCCGGGAGGUCUUAAACUCGGCCUUAUGGAGUGUUGUUCACCUUUCUCCAUCGCUCAGUACGGUUCACUUGCGUACUGAAACCUAUUAUUCCGCUUCACCUUUUGGGUAUGGCGAGGAGAUGACAUAUAGCGGACGUUUUCUUGAAGGUGGCCGUCCACUCCUGAAAACUCUCAGUCUGCACUCCGAUGCCUUCCCAACAGUCUAUAACAGGCGCGAUUAUGAAGAGCUUGCUUACGAGUGCUGGAUGUCAUGCAUUCCCAGCAUCCAGUAUAUCACGCUCUUGGGUGAUUCCAACUGGAUGCACAAUGGCGAGUGCAGCGAGGCGCGGAAGCUCGACGACGUGUACCGCUGGCUGGAUAGCGUUACAAAACUCACUUCACUUCGGCUACUCAAUGGGCACAAACAUACGCUUGAGGAGUUGGUGUUUGAUGGCUACCAGGGAAUGGCGCUUUCUGAGCAAGACAGAGAAGUGGUGAGCUCGACAAAUAUCACCCGCUUUGGGCCUACCAAGACGUUAUCUUGCUUGCCAGAACUCGAAAAAUUGGCGUAUCUCAAACUGCCCUUACACUUUCUCAUAUCUAACAUGGACGCCCAUUUUAUUCACGAAUAUAUGUCUCCAGAAAAUGAGGGAGAAGCACUUGCUUUGGUCAAUACCUCCUUUCCCCCGUCACUGAAAAGACUUGACAUUGUGGUCUACGGGUUUUAUCUUGAUGAGGAACGGGUUGGUGAGAUCUACCCACUCAGAACGAUCACCGUCAGGUUUUGA